UGCGAAUAUGUAAAAUUUUAUUUUAUUUGAAGUUGUGUCCAUAAUUUCCUUUAUUUUUUCUCACACACAAAUAUAUAUAAAAAAAACUGAGCAAUUGAAAAAUAUCUACAGAAUUUGAUUGGAAUUCGCACAUGCAAAUCUGUGAACAAAAGUGAUAAAGAAAAGGGAGGAACAACAACAAUGGAUAUUACCAUAAAAAUGGAAACAAAUAAUAUUAAAGUUGGCGAAACAAGUACUAUGAUAUUAAAUACAAUUAAAAAAGAAGAAGAUGAGCUAAUAAUUGAAAGUGAUGAACAAUGGAUGCCAAUAAAAUUUGAGGAUGAACAAAAUGAUUAUUAUAAAGAAUAUUGUCAGGAAUUUAUAGAAGAUACAUGCUCCCAUGUUUGUAUAAAAAAUGAAUCGUCUCUUGAUUAUUAUAAAAUUGAAUAUUUAGAUGAAAAGGAAUAUAAUGAUGAUGAAGACGAUGAUGGGGAAAGUGAGAAUGUUAAAGAUGAUUUGUAUGAAACAAGUGAAGAAAAUAAUGAAGAUGAUACCGAUUAUGAGGUUGAAGAUGACGAGGACGAAGAAGUUCAUGCUGUUGUUGAUAGUGAGGGUAAUAUGAAAAAUGAAUAUAAUUUACAAUUAAAACAUUACGCUAAAGAUAUAACUAAAAAGAACAAGUAUUCAGAAAACGAUAGAUCUAAUAGAAAUAGUUUUACUUUAAAUCAUUGGCUUUUAGAAAAUUAUAUUCAACAUAUUUGCCCAGAAUGUAACAAACAUGUAGCUACCUAUAAAGGAAUGCUUAAACAUAUAAUUCUCAAGCAUAAAAAUGCUAUUGAAGAAGCACAAAAUGAUUAUGUUAUAAACAGUGAAAACUACGGAACAUGUAAGAAAUGUCAACGGAAAUAUAAACAAGCUUUUAAUAUGUAUAAACAUUCAGUAAGACAUCGUGAAAAUUCUCAUGGUUUAAGGGAGCUAAAGUGUAAAAUGUGCAAUUAUAAAAGUACAAAAUAUAUAGUACAUAGACAUUUUGUUGCCCAGCAUCCGGACAUUGUGAAUGAAUAUAAAAAAUGGGUUAAUGAGAAUAAUACAUUCAAGUGUCCAAUUUGCCAUUACACUUAUAUGAAUAAUCAAAAUCAAAGAAUUUGGCAUCACUUUAUGGACAAGCAUCCGCUGGAAUAUUGUGAGAAAUUUCGCUAUAAUUGUCAUCUAUGUCAGCAUGAAAGUUUUGCUGAGGAGCAAUUGUAUCUGCAGCAUUUAAUAAGAGAACAUGAAUUAAAUUGCUGGGAAAAAUUUAAUUUUCGUAAACUUUUUGCCAAUAAGGAUUAUUUAGCCUGUGGUAUAUGUCAUUUAGUGUAUCUUAGAAAUGAUACAAGUAAAUUACUUAAACAUUAUCUAGAACAUGACAACUCGAUCUAUUGGUCAUGUAGAUUUUGUGAAAAAAAAUGUUCAUAUAAAGAUACUGCACGCAGUAGUCACAUUUGUUCUAAAAUGAUAAGUUAUUAUGCCAGACGCCAUAAAGAAGAUGGAGAUAAGAAAAUAAAAAAUUUACAAGAAUUUGAAGAGCAUAUGGCACAUGUUUGUCCAUUUUGUAAAGAAGACUUCGAUAGAUUACUAGAUUGGCAAAAGCAUUUAAGAAGCAAACAUGCAAUCGACACUGCCAAAGGUUUGGGAAUGAAGGAAGCAGCAGCUGUUGACAGUAAAUUGCAUUGUAGCUAUUGUCAUAGAAAUGUUGCAAAUACUCCGGUACAAUUACAUUCACAUCAUUUUAAACAUUUACCCUUUAAGCCCUAUAAAUGUCGACACUGUCAGCAAACAUUGGCUACAUUUAAAAUGGCCGUUAAUCAUGUGGUGAAACGUUGUAAUGAUGACAAGGAUAGAAAUGAUAUUAAGGAAGCUUCAAAUAUAGUUGAAACCGCUAAGGUAGAAAUACAAUGUGCCUUUUGCAACUAUCAAAAAUUCGCUGAUGCGAAAGAGGUUUAUGUACAUUUUCAAAAUAAACACAAAAAUUUUGAGGAAUUCUUUACCUCAGACACCUUAAGGAAAGAUGAUACGAUGUCUUCGUGCAUAGUAUGCCACGAGAAAUUUUCACAAAACGAACAACAGCUACGUUUAGAACACGUGUUUACACAUUUCGAUGAAAAGAUUUUUAAAUGUCCUCUUUGUCCAAUAUCUUAUGUUAAGCUUAACUCCUGUAGCGGUCACAAGUCUAAAAUGCACAAUUACAAACCAAUAGAAAAAACUCACAUAAGUCUUAAUGACAAAGACAAACUAAACAAAUAUCAGCGCACUGCAUCUAUAUCAAAUUUAUCUCAAACUAUUCUAUACACUGAGGUACUCAAGGAAUUUGCUGAAUUCAUUAGCUUUGAUUGUCCUGUCUGCAAUGAAAGCUUGUCCAAUCAAAAUGAAUGGCAUUUACAUAUUAUCACACAGCAUGAGAUUUUUGAUAAAUCAAAGGUGUUUCUUAAAGACACCAAUGGUACUUGGAAAUGUCAGACAUGUAAAUGUAAAUUGCCGAAAUUUUUAAACCGUCGCCUGGCACACAUUUUUACACAUAUGCCUUAUCGUCCAUUUACAUGCAAUUUGUGCUAUUUCAAUAGCUGUUGUUUAUAUGAACUCUAUAAACAUUGUCGUCGAAGACAUUUUUCCCCAGGCACCUUUAAGUGCCCCAAUUGUCCGGAAGUUUUAGCAACCUCACACCAAAAAACCGAACAUUUAAAGGAAAAGCAUGCGCCCCACGAAUGGCCCCAUCAUAUUCAAUGCUCUAUGUGUUUUGUAGUAUUAGAAAGUGAGUCUGCUUUAAAAAGACAUAGUUCUAUACAUGAUAAUCAACGUAUGAAUUGUGAAACCUGCUGUAGCAAAUCUCAUAGCAAGAAGAAAGAAAAGAAUAAGAUUAAUAAAAAACUUUGUAUAGAUAGUUCCUCAGUGUCUGCUUGUAAAGUGUCUAAAGCAAAACUUCCUCCGAAUGUUAAGGAAGAUGAGAGAGAUUUGGGUGUUGGAGUUAAAUCUAAGAACUUAAAAUUAAGUAAUAAAAGAAAAGUUGUUAGAAAAAAACCAGAUGUUAUGAAAGUAACAAGAGAUGUGAAUGAUGGUGAGAUUAAAUCGGAAAAGUCAAAUGUAAAAAAGAGAAAAUGUAAUAAAUAACAAAAGUAUUUCUAAAUGUAUAUGUUGUUUUGGA